UUUCACAUAUGAUCGAAGAAUUAUCUAUAGUAUAGUAUUUUCAGAUCUCAUUGUAUCUUGUUACUCAGGGGGGAUUACUGUCGUCUUCGCGAUUAGUCACGGCAUAGGUUAAAGUGUUUACAGAUUGAAAUUAUUUUGAAGUAUAUAAACAAAGAGUAAUCUGUUCAAAAAAAAAAAAAAAAAGAAAGAAAAAAGUUACAAAAUACAAAAUGUCUUCCUUCGAUUUAAAGAAUUGGCCAAUUUUUAGCUUAUUAGAAUCUAAAUUCAUUGCCAGUAUUCAAAUGGUCGUAGUAUAUGAUUUCUCUUGCAGGUAACUUAGGUAAUGAAGCUUUAAUUGUAACAAAGGAUGAUAUGGUAUACGGUUUGGGAUGCAACAUUACUGGUUGUCUUGGAACAGGAGACGCGCAUAGUACUCUUCAUCCUAAAAAAGUAGAAGCCCUUUGUGAAAAGGGUAUAAAAACUUUUGCUUAUGGCAGUGGUCCUCAUGUAUUGGCACUUACAGAUAAAGGAGAGGUAUAUUCUUGGGGACAUAAUGGAUUCUGUGAAUUGGGUAAUGGAUCAUCGAAUCAUGGAUUGACUCCAACUCCUGUAGGAAUGCCUUUGAGCGAAAAAGUUGUGAUAGACAUUGCUUGUGGAAGUCAUCAUUCUCUUGCUCUUACGGAUGAAGGAGAGGUUUAUGCGUGGGGACAAAACAAUUGUGGACAAGUAGGCAGUGGUAUAAGUUCUAAUCAAGGUGCACCACGAAAAAUUAAUUCCUCAUUAACCGGUAAAAAAGUUGUGUCUAUCACUUGCGGACAGACUUAUAGUAUGGCGGUUACAAAUAACGGUGAAAUUUAUGGCUGGGGUCAUAAUGGGGUCGGACAAUUAGGAAAUGGAACUUAUACUAAUCAAUUGAAUCCAUGUAAAGUUACAGGUUUAAUAGGAAUAGUUAUAGAAAAAGUUGCUUGCGGUUAUGCGCAUACAUUAGCGUUAAGCGACGAAGGUGUACUUUAUGUCUGGGGAAGUAAUAGUUAUGGUCAAUUAGGUCUUGGCAAUAAAACAAAUGCUUGUGUUCCUAUGAAGUUAUCUGUACCAGAAAUGGGACGAGUAUCUGAUAUAGCAGCAUUGCAUUAUAAUCAUAUAAGUGUUGCAAUUGGAGAAGGACAUAAAGUAUUUAUGUGGGGUCAAUGUCGUGGACAAAGCAUUACGGUACCAACACCAACUCUAUUAGCACAUUUGCAUGAUGCUCUAGCCUGUUAUGCAUCUCCAAGCGUAAUGCAUCGCCCACUAUUUCUUUAUGCAGCAGAAGAGAUGAAUAUUGUGGAUUGUUUAAAACAGGCGUUUGAUGAUUCUACAACAAGUGACUUGAUAAUACAGGUGCAAGCUAGACCUAUCUAUGUUCAUAAGGCUGUGUUAAAAAUACGAUGUCAGUAUUUUAGGACAAUGUUUCAAGAAUGUUGGAUGGAAAAUAAUCAGAGCGUUCUCCAUCAUGAUCAAUUUUCUCAUGACGUUUUUAAGUCAUUUUUAAAAUAUCUGUAUACAGAUGAAGUUGAUCUUCCUCCUGAAAAUGCAUUAGAAUUAUUGGACUUAGCAAAUGUAUAUUGUGAAACGCAAUUGAAAAGACGAUGCGUUCAAAUAAUUAAACAAGGAAUAACUGUUCUCAAUGUGGCUUAUCUAUAUAGAACAGCGAUGAAUUAUAAUAUUCAGGAGUUAGAAGAGUUUUGUUUUAAAUUUGCAUUAAAUCAUAUGACUGCUGUAAUACAGACGUCUAAUUUUGGUACAUUGGACGAAGAGACAGUAAAAACAUUUAUAAUUAAAGCCGCCCGAGCAGGAGCUUUUAAAACAUGAAUUUUGCGAUAUGAAUGAUCUUGUUAUUACAGUAGUAUAAGAUUUAGUAUAAUAUGCGUUGACGUAAGGCAAUAAUCCUUGCAAUAGCCUUCUUAUAGCGAUCUGCUUAUUUUAUUAAUUAAAACUAUGAUAAGAUAAAUCCAUAAUCUAGUUGAUGAUAGUCGGUCAUGAUCAACUUAUUUUUUAGUCCUGAAAAUUGUGAUUGGUAAUAACAUGUCUAUUAGUGAAAUUUUUGUAGUUGCCAUUAAUUAGUAUUACAUUUAUAAAAUGUGAGACUAUUAUAUUAAAUAUAUAUAUACUUUUAUAUAUAUAUAUGUAUAUAUAUAUAUAUAUGUAUAUCAUAUAUCAUAUAUCAUACAUAUGAUAUAUAUCAUAUAUAUAUAUGUAUAUAUAUGAAUGAUUAAAUUAUGUAUACGUAUUUUUGUAUGGUAUUCUUCUUUGAGAAUGAUAGAUAUUGAUCAAUUUUAAUCACAGUAGAUUUAGUUGAUAUCUAGCACUCAAAAUUUCUGACUAAGAGUAUAAAUAAAUAUGUCUUUGUGAUUUUAAUUCUUUAACUCUCGUUUUUGAAAGUAUAUAAUAAAAUAUAAUAGUACGUUCAAAAAAAAAAAAAAAAAAAAAAGAAAAAAGAAAAGAAAAGAAAAGAAAAGAAGUAAAAAUAAAUAAUCAGACUGUUAGAAUUAAGACUAAAUAGAUAGUAAUAUAUUCGUAUAGUUUAACUUAAGAUCGUUAUUAAAAUAUAUUCUUUUCUUAAUUUAUAUAGUACUAUGUAUGAUGAUAAUUAAUCUUGGGUGAUGUUAUUAAUAAAGUAAUAUCAAUUUAAUCUUUUUAAAUAAUAGAUAAUAAUCAGGUAAAAUCAAAGCUUGAUUAAACAUUAAAUGUGAUAGGAUUUUACACGCACAUUGUAAUUUAUUCUAAUUAUGUAAAAUCCAUUGAAUGUAAUUUAUAUAAUUAAUGAUUCAGUUGAGUAUAUUAAUUAUAUAAUAAUUUCAUUUUCUCAGAUUCUGAGAAAAUGAAAAGUGAUCGAGGAAUCAUAUUAAUUUCAUCAUUCCGAUUAUGAUGCAUUUAUAAUAGAUUUAUACGAAAACACGUUUAAAUAAGCAAUAAGUACGCUAUCAAAUUGUGUUAAUUAUAUUGCAACAUGCUAAUGUGCAUCAAUUUCGUUUAUCGAUUACACAUAUUAAACUUUCUUAUUUUAUGUCUUUUUCUUAUAUGUCAUAAGAAUAAAUAUUUUUAAUGAAA